AGAAUUUUUUUUUAUAUAAACCUAUUCUAAAGUAAAAGACCUCAUAGAAACUUUUUUAUAUAAACCCAAUUCUAAACCAAAAGACCUCUGUUCAACACUAAAUUAUUUGAUAUUGAUUAUAGCCAUGGAAGAAGAAAAGCUUCAGCAACGCGAGAGGCUAGUGGAGGAAAUAACAGGAUAUAAAUUUAAGAAUCCUGACUUGUUACAUCAAGCUUUCACUCAUACUUCCUUUCAACAAAACUCUUCUCCAUCUAAUGAUAGACUGGAGUAUUUAGGUGACUCUGUCUUGAAUCAGUUGAUAGCAAAGGAACAUUAUUUUGCUUAUCCCAAUCUAUCUUCUGGGAAUCUCACAGAUUUGAAAAGUGUCAAUGUAGAUACCGAAAAACUUGCUAGAGUCGCCAUCAAAUACAAUUUGCACGACUAUUUACGUUAUCAAAUUCAUUUAUUUAAAGAACAAGUAGAUGAAUUCAGAGAUGCUACAAUGGAGUACCCCUUGCAUUCAGCAGGUCGUAUUGACCCGCCUAAAGUUCUUGCAGAUAUAGUUGAGCAUUGAUAGGUGUCAUUGAUAGGUGCCAUCUAUAUUGACUCUAAUUUCUCCAUGGAUACAACUUGGAAGGUGGUAAAAGAUUUGUUGCAACCUCUAAUAACUCCAGCAACAUUUGAAAUCCACCCAGUUAAGAAAUUUAACGAGCUAUGUCAGAAGAAUGGAAUGAGCUUUAAAGUUGUUCAUGAUAAUUGGGAGAAAACAGGAGAAGUUGAAUAUUUUGUUGAUGGAAAAUUUGUUGGGAAGGGAAAAUUUAGUGGAAAGAAAGAAAUUGCACAAAAUAGGGCUGCAUACAAUGCAUAUGAUCAAGUUAUCAGAAAUUUGCGUAUGGAAACUACUGUUGGUGAUCACUUGUGAUGAAAUGCAAAGCUGAAAUCACCAUUACCAAAUCCUUAAUUUCCAAUGGAAUUGUUGAACUUUGGCCCGUCAGGAAUGUUUUCGAUGAAUGUUUUCUCAAAAUUCUCUUAUUGACAAAUUAAAUUUCAAAGAGACGUCUGUUUAGAGUUAAGCAAUUUUCUGAUAGUGAAUUCGUAUUUCAUAUCU